GUAAGCCGAACUGGCGAGAGGUAGGAGAGACCCUCCAUUAGCUCGUCGAGAUCGCCCAGUGACCAGGUCUCAGUCUGGAGCGGCUGCGCCCGCAACAAUGGUAGACGGUCGCCGUCAGUUGAUUGCACAGGAGCUCAUCGCACUGAUCGUGCAAUUGGCGGACGACCUCUCGCCCGACAUGUACUUUCAGAGUGACAACAGUCCUGCUCCGUACAUUUUCGAGCGAUCCUUGGAUCCGUACCUUCAGUGGACUUCAGGCUUGAAGGAACCUAGCGACGAGGAUACAUUACCAUCGCGGCAGAAGUAUCUGAAGCCGUACGAGAUCCCCUACGCCUUCUACCCAAGGGCAGAAGAAGCGCCGAUCAUCGACAACGACGAAGAAGAAGGCGACAACGAGGAAAUAUCGGAGGAGGGAAGCUAUAGUAAACAUAGCGAGGGCGAGCUGAGUAAGGAGGAUGAGGAAGAAGAAAGAGCCGGAUCGGAGCGGGAAGCCCCGCCGGAAGAAGCAACGCGUACGGGAACGGAGGUGGAAGAUCGGGAAGUGGCACGAAAACGCGAAGAAAUUGCCUUCGGAAAGCGUCAGCUGGAGUUCGCCAGCAAAGCUAGCCUGCGCCUUGGUAACGAUCCGACCCGGGAACCAGAGUCGUCGAAGCCCGAAGAUGGCGACCCUGCAGCCACCACCUCAAGUGUCGCGCGACGGAGACGGCGCCGAUCCCCCUCCUCCUCCAGCCCCACGCGUCCCACAGUUCGCCCACGUACCGAUGCGGGCGAUAGGCCUUCGUCCUCGGACACUGUCCCGCCGACCCCUUGAUUUCCUCACCCUCGAGCAUAUCCGUACCCCCGU